AUGGAGAGGAUGAAGAAACCAUGCCUUGGCGUCACCCUGCUUCUCUUCUUGCUCCUGGUGUCUGCUGCCCAUGGAGCUCAGCUUGCAGAUGCCAAGGACGUAGCAGAACUUUGGCGCAAAGGCAUCUAUGGUAUCAGUUGUAAUAUGAUAGGUUAA